AAUAUACUUUUUCUUACACACUUCUAUUCUUGAAUUUGAAUGGAAGUUUUAUUUAAAAUUUAUUUGAAUUUCCACAAUGUCCUCAAUAAAACCAGAACAAACUAAAUCAUGGAAAAAAAUAAACGAAGAAAGGAAAGCGAUAAAGAAACAAAGAAAACAAGAAAACAUUCUCAAGCAGUUGGAAAAGGCAAACAAACUAGAAGAGUUGGCAAAGUCAGCCCAAUUACAAAAGAUUGCCGAAAAUAAGAAACCUCUAUCAACUGUGAGUAUUGCUGUUCCUGGUUCUAUACUCGAGAAUGCCCAGUCUUCCGAACUGCGUACGUAUGUUGCUGGUCAAAUUGCCAGGGCUGCUUGUAUAUUCCGCGUUAAUGAAGUGAUAGUGUUCGACGAUAUUGGAAUAGCCACUGCAAAAGAAACCAAAAAGACCACAGGCGACGAUGGCCAAGAUCAGACGGUUAGGGGUAGUUCGCUGCAGCUAGCACGUAUCCUACAGUACCUAGAGUGCCCGCAAUAUCUGCGGAAGUUUCUCUUUCCUUUGCAUAAAGAUCUUAAGUAUUCCGGGCUUCUGAAUCCUUUGGACGCGCCUCAUCACAUGCGAAUCCAAAAUGUAUUUCUCUAUCGCGAAGGUGUUGUAUGUGACAAAAAGGCCAAAGAAGGACAUUGUUACGUUAAUGUUGGACUUUUGAAUGAUGUUUUGGUGAAUAAGGCAAUCGCUCCUGGCGUUCGAGUCACAGUUCGGAUGGAUUCUCUAAAUGAAAUCAAAACGAAAAAAAUCAAAGCAACUGUUGUCAGUCCAGACGAGCCUCGCCGAGAAACUGGUAUCUAUUGGGGCUACUCAGUUCGUGUAGCACAUACGUUUUCUGAAAUAUUCACAAAGUCUCCUUAUAAAGAAGGCUAUGAUCUUACCAUCGGAACCUCGGAUAGAGGAACCAAUGUUGUUGAAGUUCAGCCUAAAUCACUACAUUACAAUCAUCUCUUAAUUGUAUUUGGUGGCCUUAAAGGAUUGGAAGCAGCCGCUGCCAACGAUGACAAAUUAAAUGUUGAACCGAAGCUUCUAUUCGAUCAUUAUCUGAACGUUUUACCAUCGCAAGGGUCGAGAACUAUUCGAACAGAAGAAGCGAUUCUGAUUGCAAUGGCAGCCUUACAUGAAAAAUUCGACCCUGAAGUUCCUGAUAUCGAUAAAGAUUUCAAAGAAUUUAUUCCUCAGAGUGAGGAUACGUCUAUGCAGCAACAGGUAGUUGGUGUUUCGGCUGGAAAUGUAGAUUUAAGUAAAUUUGACUAAAGCAUAUGAUUUUGAAUAAAAUGUUGAAAACUUAAAACUUCUUGCAAAUCAUAAAAGACUACAAGUAGGAUAAGCACAAGAAGAGGUAUAUUCCGCUGUCACCUGUCCAAAAAAUUGGUGCUUAAAAUUAAAUCUGGUUUAAAUUUGGGUUAAAAAUGGGUUCAACGUUCUUACAGCUGUCUUCGAAUAUCUUUUAAAUUUAAUAGACCCUAAAUUCAAAAGAUUAUUAUGUUUUAAGCGAAUUAAAUAAACUUCCACCUCAUAUUUAUACAUGA